AUGAGCUCUGCACAGGCAUCGACCUCAGGAGCUCCCAAAAAGGCUUUAAUUUCAGUCUCUGACAAGACAGGCCUGGUUGAGCUAGCCAAGGGGUUGUCGGAGCUUGGCUAUGAGGUGGUGUCCACUGGUGGAAGUGCGAGCGCCAUCGAGGCCGCCGGAGUCCCAGUGCAGAGGGUGGAGGAGCUCACUGGUUUCCCUGAGAUGCUGGAUGGCAGAGUGAAGACGUUGCACCCAGGCGUGCAUGGGGGCAUCCUUGCCAGGAGAGACCUGCCCGAGCACCUUGAUGCUGUGGGCAAGCACAACAUCUCCCUCAUUGAUGUGGUGGUUGUGAACCUGUACCCCUUCCGGCAGACAGUGACCGCAGCAGAGGCCCCUUCAUUCGAGACAGCAGUAGAGAAUAUCGAUAUUGGGGGUCCGGCCAUGAUCCGCGCAGCCGCCAAGAACCACGAGCAUGUGACGGUGGUGGUGGACCCCAGUGAUUACCAGGAGCUGCUGGAGGGGCUCAAGAGCAGCGGGGGGGCCUCCCUGGAAGCCAGGAAGAAGCUGGCGUGGAAGGCGUACCAGCACACCGCCACAUACGACAGCACCGUCGCCGAAUGGUUCUGGAGCCAGAUUGGUGGCGAAGAGCCAGCGCCGGAGCUGAGCGUGCCGCUGCGGCGGGUGUCGGGGCUGCGCUAUGGCGAGAACCCGCACCAGCCGGCCGCCUUCUACGCCGACCUCUCCCUGGCAGAGGCGGGCCGCGGCGGCAUCGCCGGCGCCAUCCAGCACCACGGCAAGGAGAUGUCAUACAACAACUAUCUGGACGGCGAUGCGGCGUACAGCGCGGUGAGCGACAUCCCGGGGCCGGCGUGUGUGGUGGUCAAGCACACCAAUCCCUGCGGCGCAGCCACGCGCGAUGACCUGCUGGACGCGUACCGCCUGGCCGUGCGCGCCGACCCCAUCUCAGCCUUCGGCGGCAUCGUCGCCUUCAACAGGCCGGUGGAUGAGGCGUUGGCGGCGGAGAUCCGGGAGUUCCGGAGCCCGACGGACGGCGAGACGCGCAUGUUCUACGAGAUUGUCAUCGCGCCCGGCUACACGCCCGAGGGCCUGGCCAAGCUCAAGGGCAAGUCCAAGACGCUGCGCAUCCUCGAGGCCCCCCUGAGGGCCCCCUCCGGCCGCUCCCUACGCCAGAUCGCCGGUGGCUGGCUGUACCAGGAGGCGGACUCAUUAACGCCCGAGGAGAUUGAGUUCACGUCCGUCUCUGAGACCAAGCCCACAGAGCAGCAGCUGGAGGACCUGAAAUUCGCCUGGCGCAUUGUCAAGCAUGUGAAGAGCAAUGCCAUCACAGUGGCCAAGGAUGGUAGGCUGCUGGGCAUGGGCAGCGGGCAGCCCAACAGGGUAAAGAGCACAGAAAUCGCCCUGGAGAAGGCUGCCGAGGACGUCGAGGGAUCGGUGCUGGCCAGCGAUGCCUUCUUUCCGUUUUCUUGGAACGACUCGGUCGAGAAGGCUUGCCAGGCCGGCGUGAAGGCCAUCGCACACCCUGGUGGCAGCCUGCGGGACCAGGACGCCAUUGAUUGCUGUAACAAGUAUGGUGUUGCCCUUGUGACGACUAGCGUUCGGCACUUCAGGCACUGA